CUAGAUAACUCCCUACCACAGCAUAAGUACUUUAACAUAUCGCACAACAUCAACGAAGCCGCGAGGCUUUCGUGCAAUAUAAUUCACGACUGCUUUGGUGACGAUUCAGAACGUGUUUGCGACUCGCUGCUGCAGCAAGGGCAGCGCACUUUUUUUGAACUUGUCCGAAUCACGGGGUUACGGCCUAGACGUUGUGAACAUGCACUGCUAGUUCUUAUCCAACACAACUGUAUACAGCCUUGGCAUUCAGAUUCUUCGGUUUUUUAUCACAUAAGGCUACACAGCAUUUUGCACCGGCUUCGGUAUCCUCGCUUGCUCCUGCAUAUCAGGGAUUUCAUGGGCAAAACUCACGAGCUCCUCUCAAAAGUAUUGUUGGAGCAUGGCAGACUGUCACUACGCCAGCUUGUAGAGCUCGUGAGUUUCAAUCUCAGACAGCGCGAGAUGAAGGACUUCAGAUCUCUUCCAGAUGUAGAGAAAGUUUUAAGCCAGCUUUUAGACGAACGCUGCAUCGAAAUUGUUCCGGAACACCGCUUCGCAAAAAAAUGUAAGGAAGACGAUGAUUAUUUCUCUCCAAGUUAUAGCUCUCCAGAGUCACGCAAGACACAAUCCGGGAGUCACUGUGGCAAUAUAGAUUUGAAGACAUGGCCACGCGUACUAGAUGUCAUUCCCUAUGGCGUAUAAAUUUUGUGGAGUUCAAUCGUCGCUUUCAGCACAAAGCUUGCUCAGCAACUGUGCGCACAAAGGUUGACGAUGAAACCAAUCAUCUUCUACUGCUCCUCUUGGACAUCCUCAGUCCGCGUGAAGUAAAAGAUCGUGGCCAGGCUGCAAGUAUUCACCAGGCUGAUAUCUUACCGAUGAUCUGCAAGUCUAGAAAGUGUAGCAGUAUAGUUGCCAAAGAAAGGCUGAAACAGCUCUGUGAUAGCACAGGUGACUUAGUUUCGUGUUUUCGUGACGUUCAAGGAGGCAACAACUAUAGUGUUGACGUGAAUCGGACCAUGCAGCUGAUCCGAACCAAAGAGAUUGAGGCGAUCAUUAGAGAACGGUUUGGAGUUCCUGCGUGCCGGAUAUUUAGACUUUUGCUUCUGAAAUCCAAUUUAGAACAGAAACAAGUUGCUGAGUUGGCCAUGAUUCCCGUCAAGGAUACAAGAGAGCUGUUGUAUAAGCUCCUGAAAGCUGAAUAUGUGCAGAUUCAAGAAGUUUCCAGAACUUCUGAUCACGCACCGUCCAGGACAUUCUUUUUGUGGCGUGUUGAUUUGGCUCGUGCUAUUGAAAAUGUUGAGCGUGAGCUCUUUCGCACAACUUCCAAUUUGCGGUCAAGGUUGCUACACGAAUUAGCUCGAGAGCGGGAGACUCUUUCACUUCUUGAGUGUGCCGCAGACAAAGUGACUGUUGCCUUGACUCCAGGUCAAAGGUGUAAUCUUGCGCGGAUGAGAACAAUAGGUACCAGACUUGAAAGUUCAUUACAGCGACUUGACGAGCUUCUUCCGCUCUUCGAUGUUAUCUGAGGAUGGGCGGCGUUUAGGUUGGCUUCUUAUGAUCCUCACAAAUGCAUUUGCGUUUUUGUUUCACUCUUCACGAGGACUUAUCCCGGAUACUCAAGGGUAAAUGGAGGCAAAAUAUUCCCACAUAUUUCCACAACAUGUGUCGAGCCGGUGAGCGAGUAGCCUGGGUGUUACUCCACAGCGUCAUGGUCAUGUAUUCUAUUCUUAAAUAUACCAGUCUACGAUCA